AUGUCCACGAAAGCCCAACCAGGCUUUCCUACUGCGAAAGAAGCAGAGGAACAAGUUGACAGCGCCAGUGAAGUAUAUGAGGAGGAAGACGACGAGGCGUCGAUAGAAGGGGAAGAAGGUGGAGGGCCGGCGUCGGUGCCGCCUCAAGGAGUGGAGGAGGGGGGGCAGGACGGGGAGGAAGAGGAUGAUGAUGAUGAUGAGGAGGAGGAUGAUGAAGAGGAACAGGAAGAAGAGGACGUGCUAAGUGAGGACCUUGACGAGAGUUUAGAAGAUGAAGAAGAUGAAGAAGAAGGAGACGGGGGGGCCCUUGCGGAGGAGGGACACCCAACUGUGGGACAGAAACGCGAACGCCAGCAGCUGCAACAGCAAGAGGGAGAAACUGAAAACAAUCUCGAACAAGAGGAUUCUCAGGAAGGCAGCGAAAGUGAUGAUGAUGUAGAGGAGGUGGAACCAGAAGAAGACGAUGAACAGCUGGAGGCACAGAGCACAGAAGACAUCGAUGACGAAUCCGAAAAUGUCGAAGAGGAAGAAGAAUCUUCCCAGGAGCCCCAGGCCAAACGAGCCCGUACUUGA